AAAGGCUUACACAGGCAGGGGAGGAAACAUGUCAUGAGAGGUGAUGACACAGCCACGGAGACAUAUCCACAUCCUCACUGACUCCCAAGUUCGCCGCUCGCCGCUGCUUCUGCUACUGCUGCUACUGCGUCCCACAGAGAAGAGAGAGAGCCAAAGAUAGCCUCAGUUCUCUCCCCAACUUUCUCUCUCUUCCUCUAUUUUUCACUUUGUUUGUGGAUGAUGGGAUUGUAAUCAUGUGGAAGACAGCUGAGCGGCUCUUCUGGAUUUCGCUGACACUGCGCCUGGUCCCGCCUGGCCUCCACUGAGCAGGAUGGACACUCUGGAGUCAGAGCUGACUUGCCCAAUCUGCCUGGAGCUCUUUGAAGACCCGCUGCUGCUCCCCUGCGCUCACAGCCUGUGCUUCGGCUGUGCCCAUCGCAUCCUCAUCUCUCACUGUGCCACCAACGAAUCUGUUCUGAGCAUCGGCGCCUUCCAGUGCCCCACUUGUAGAUAUGUCAUUUCCCUGAGUCCUGAGCGUGGACUAGAAGGACUUAAGAGAAACGUGACACUGCAGAACAUUAUUGAUAGAGUUCAGCGGGCCUCAUCUUCAGCUGGGAUCCCGUUACCACUGGCGUUGCCUGCGCCCCACAGCGGGCCCAACUCUCCCAGCGAGGAAGGGAGCAACCGGUUGGCCCUGGUCCCAGUCAGUGCCGCCAUGUCCAGCCCUGGCACGCCUCCUGAGCCAGUCCAGUGCCAGUUCUGUGAGCAGGACCCGCCACAGGAUGCCGUGAAAACGUGCGUGACGUGCGAGGUGUCAUACUGCGAGGAGUGCCUCCGAGCGACGCACCCAAACAAGAAGCCGUUCACCGGCCACCGGCUCAUCGAGCCCAUGCCAGACUCACACCUCCGAGGGCUCCAGUGCCUGGAGCACGACGAGGAGAAGGUGAACAUGUACUGUGUCACUGACGAUCAGCUGAUCUGCUCGCUGUGCAAGCUGGUCGGACGGCACAGAGAUCACCAGGUGGCAGCACUGAGCGACCGUUAUGAAAAACUCAAGCAAGCCCUGGACUCCAACCUCAGCAAUUUGAUCAAGAGGAACAAUGAACUGGAGUCUCUUAUGGGGAAACUGAUCCAGACUUGCCAACAUGUAGAGGUGAACGCGUCCCGCCAGGAGGGCAAGCUCCUGGAGGAGUGUGAUGUCCUGAUUGACAUUAUUCAGCAGAGGAGGCAGAUCAUCGGCAACAAGAUCAAGGAGGGGAAGGCACAAAGGAUUCGGAAGCUCGCCCAACAGAUCUCCAACUGCAAGCAGUGCAUCGAGAGGUCCUCUGCCCUCAUCACGCAGGCCGAUCAGACACUGAAGGAAACCGAUCACGCUCGCUUCCUGCAGACUGCCAAGUGCAUCAAUGAGAGGGUUUCCAUGGCAACCGCAUCAACCCAAGUGCUGAUCCCUGAGAUACACCUAACGGACUCCUUCGACACCGUCGCCCUGGACUUCACCAGAGAGAAGAAAUUGUUGGAGAAUCUGGAUUACCUCACAGCUCCGAAUGCUCCGUGCAUAAGGGAAGAGUUGUGCACGGCUUCCUACGACACCAUCUCUGUCCACUGGACGUCUGAUGACGAGUUCACAGUGGUGUCCUAUGAGCUCCAGUACGCCAUCUUCACCGGACAGUCUAAUAUUGCCAGUCUGUGUAACUCAUUGGAGAGCUGGAUGAUUGUUCCCAACAUCAAGCAGAACCACUACACGGUGCACGGUCUGCAGAGCGGCACCAAGUAUAUCUUUGUUGUCAAGGCCAUUAACCAAGCGGGAAGCAGGAGCAGCGAACCGGGGACUCUUAAGACCAACAGCCAGCCAUUCAAGCUGGACCCCAAAUCUGCCCACAAGAAGUUGAAAGUGUCCCACGAUAACCUGACAGUGGAGCGGGACGAAACCACGUCGAAGAAAGGCCACAGCCAGGACCGCUUCACCAGCCAGAACAGCUACGGCGUGGUGGGGAACGUCUACAUCGACAGCGGUCGUCACUACUGGGAGGCUUUAAUUGGAGGGAGCACAUGGUACGCUGUGGGUAUAGCCUACAAAUCAGCCCCCAAGCACGAGUGGAUCGGCAAGAACUCGGCCUCCUGGGUGCUCUGCCGCUGCAACAACUCCUGGGUGGUUCGCCACAACAGCAAGGAGCUGGCCAUCGAGCCCUCGCCCCACCUGCGUCGCGUCGGGAUCCUGUUGGACUACGACGUGGGUUCUGUGACGUUCUACGACGCCGUGGGCUCCCAGCACCUGCACACAUUCCACGUCUCCUUCAUUCAGCCCGUGUGUCCUGUGUUCAACGUGUGGAAUAAAUGUCUGACGAUUCUCUCGGGUCUACCUAUCCCUGACCAUCUCGAGGAACUGGAGCUCGACAACUGAAAACUACGGACGGAGGAGAAUAAAUAAGCGUGAACUGGUCGUAACUAUCUUGAAGCUGCACUGGGCAGGAUUUGUGAGGAGUGUCCCUUUUUAUGUCAGAUCUGCUCUAUUUACCAAAAUGCAAUUCUGGACAUGUGCACUUUUGCACCCAGAGGCCGAGACAAAACAAUGUGUGAAAUACAAACGGCCUCCUAAACAGCAGGCACACUGUCCUAACAAAGCUUGAUGCCUGUGUCUGAUAUUCUUUUUCUCAUUUGGUUUUCUCCGCCAUCACACCGGCUGUUGUGAUGAGCAUUCGAGUAGCCCAAUGACAUCUCUUUCUCAAUCCAGAUAAUUGAAAUACUCGCUACCAUUUGUGCAAAAUGACCUAGUGCAGCUUUAAUAUACGAAGAAAAAGAAAGAAGGAGAGAUGCCUGGAGUGUUAUCUUCUAUCACGCUUCUCAAAAGUGAUUUUCAGUUAUGAUUUCUUAUUGCAAAUAUGCCGCUGGUUCAGGCCAUCUUUGACUUUUCAAGAUGGAUGACAGUAAACUGGAGCCAAUCCAGAAGAAACCAGGAGAAAUGGACAGAGUUGAGCCAGAAAUUGCUACUCUAAGUCACUUUGGGCCACGAUAGGUGCAUUUGUACCACAGGAAACAAGCCACAAAUCAAUUUUUAAUUUUCCUUCCUUUCUCUUAUCAGAUAUAGCACUUUGAAAAAUCCCUGAAAGUACAAACACAUAAACUGCAUUCACACACACACAGAAAUGUGCAAACACACACUCACAACACCCCAACUUUAAUCAAUCAUGGUUGCUGGAAAGAGCAGAAUAACAGAUGUAUAUUUUGUAAAUUCGUCGCACAUCUCCCCUUAUCUUUCCCUCGUUCAUUAAAAAGGAACCAAAGUAGCCAUUGCUGUCUGUAAAGAUGUCUUUACAUACAUUUUACAUGAGUUAAAAAAUGCUGAAUUAUUUUUUAAAAGUGACAGAAGAAAUAGAAUUAUGCUAAUAUUAAAUGGAGGAUUCCCUUAAAUGUAGACCUUGUUUUUGCACAUUGUUUAUACUUUAUUCAUGCUUUUGUAGCUUAAAAGAAUAUGUUGGUGCAGUUAACAUGCAUUUAUAUUUGGAAAGUGUUGUGUUCUGUUUGAAUUAUUGUGUUAAUUUCCUUUGUUUGGCAGCCGGACAAGUCCUGCCGAGUUGUGUUACAGUUGUAGCCCCAGGUUAUUAUUGGAGCUGAGGGGUAAACUGUACAUUUGGGUGUGAUUUUUCUCACUUUUGUGUACAACAAGCAUAUUCCUGUUUAGUGAGACAUAUUUGUGCUGGUGUGCCAAUUGGCCUACUCCAUUAACUUGUUUUUAACAAAGAGUGUCCCAUUCUCAAAAAUAUUGUUGAGGUACACUGAGGUGUUGGGAAAAAUCUACAUGCAGCUUAUUGUUUAAAAAAGGUUCAAUUACGCCAUCCUUCACUUUAUGGAGACAGCCAUGCACAGGGGGCUGUCCUCAGACUUGUUGCACAUUGAUGAUGUCACUAGGUUGCACAUCACUCUUCACUCAUUGGCUGGUUAUUUAAAAAAAAAAAAGGGACAAAACGGCCAUCAUUAAUCAAAAGGUUACAACAAAACCUCCCAUGGGAAUAUUGUCAAUACUAUAUCCUAUAAUGCUAUAGUGUUCUAAAUGACAAUGAGAACAAAGGCACUCCUCAGUGUAAAUACAAAGAUUUAGUUGUAUUUCUCAAUGUCGCUUUGUUUCAAUACCUGGUACACUUAAAAGUAUGAAGACAAAUAAUCUAUUCUUUAACUCUGUGUUUCCUUGGAAAUUAAUAAAACUGUAUGUUUUCAUUGUACCUGAUACGAAUAUGUCGUGCAUAAUUUAACGUUUCCAUUUCAACUUUAUGACAAUGGUGUUUUAUGUUCAGUCUCUGUGGACGUUUUAAUGGAAAACAGGAUACGAGUGCUUGCAUCACUGUCGUCCGAGAUGAGUCUAUGAGAAGGUCAAAAAUAAACGUUGUUCCUUUUCA